AAGCUCCCAACACCAUCGAUCACUGCUGCAGUUCCAAUUGACAAAGAAGAGAGGCGCCUCCCACCAUCUACCUUAAUCUAAAAGGAAAAGAAUUCCACGCAUGUGUUUGACGCCCAAAAGUGUCAACGUCAGGUGUAAGCCAAUUAUUAUGUGUGUGUUCCUAUUUUGCAUUCUUGGGCAGCUUAUUGCAACGUAUUUUGCAAGACAAUUUUCUAUUAGUCAGAAUUGAGGUGCGUCUUUUUUGAGGGCCUCUAUUGGAUGAAAAGGGUGGUGACUACUGUUGAUUAGUUAUUUUGCAUGCUUGGGUUUGAUUGGCUGGAAUGGGUUGGCAAACAGGUAUGUUCUGCCUGAACCGGAGUGGGUGGUCAACAGUGGAUGGUAUGUGUUAUUAUUUUGCCCUAUGACAGCAUCAUUGUUGGCCUAUAAAAUCUCAACUGUGUUCGCAUGUCUCUCAAGCCAGUUCUCGCUUAGCAUUUUGCACUCUCAUAGCAGCAAACAUAGGUGGCCACCGUUGAUCAAAAAGGAGUUGGGACCCUGGCACACUGCAGAGUAUAUCUACAGUAUUAUCAAUGAAUUUAUGUGUGUGCUCUCCCAAAUAGCAAUCGGUUUGGUACUCUGCCCAUGCUGCAAGUUGAGCCUAUUGUUGAGUCACAUCUGCUGAGAGCGUUUCAGAGCUUACCGUUGCCGGGGCAUCAUGGCGGGGUGUUACGCGGCUCUGUGUCGGUGGACCACCGGUUGUGGGUUGCGGCUGGAGUGUGCGCGGAAAAUCGGCCAGUGAUGUGUGUGGAUCGCCUAUCUUGGCAGCGCUUGGAUAUGUCGGAUUGUCGGUUAAGUGGCGUCCCUUUCAGCCUCGGUUUAUGGACGGGUAAUAGCGUGGGUUUUGGUUACCGGUUUUUUGGGCUCCAUUUUGGAUUGUAUUUUGGCCCAGUAAGGAUGGAUCUGGACUGUAUUUUGGAUUUGUUUGUGUGUGGUGGAAAAUAAAUUAAAAUUCAUCAUUAUAUUAAGUAUACCCUAG